GAAGUGCUGUGGGUUUGAGGAUUUGUUUUGAUGUCAUCGUAGCAAGUUAAAACGUUGUAUAAUCACACAAUAUUCAGAAUAACUAAGUUUAAAAGCGCCUCGGAAUUAACAUUUUCCAGUCUCGCCUCGUUUUAUUCGUUAGUUAGAAGUCGGGAAGUUCACAUUAACGAGAACAACUCAAGAAAAAGAAACGCAAAUCCUCAGAGGAGCAGCUCUACUGUAAUAAUGAACAGGUUAAAAUGAUUUGCCAUGUAUAAGAGUUGAAUUAAACCUAUAAACGUCGACCAUGGAUUGUACAGCUCUUGAACUCGACGCUAUUAAAUUUGCCAAAUCAGCUGUUUUGUAUGAUCAACGAGGGAAAUACAAUGAAGCGGUUUUCUAUUAUAAGGAGGCUGCCCAGGCUCUCAUCUAUGCAGGAAUGGCUGGAUCCAAACUAGAGAACAUUCAAGACAAGGUGAACGAGUACCUGGACAGAGUACAGACUCUUCUCAGUGCAGUUCAAGCACAGAGCAGUGACCCUCUGAAGAGCAAGCAUCAGCUGGAUCUGGAGAGGGCGUAUUUCCUGGUGACACAGGCUUUUGAAGAGGAUGAGAAGGAAAAUGCAGAUGAGGCCAUUGAGCUCUACACUCAGGCUGUGGAGUUGUGCAUUCAAGCGUCCAAUGAGACGUCAGAUCCAGCACUACAGGCGAAACUGAAGCAGCUUGCUCGACAGGCUCUGGAUAGGGCAGAGGGACUGAAAGACUCAGUUAGCAAACCUGCGAAUCAGGACAAGCCCGGAUCAUCUGCAUCUAAAGGUCCUGCUCAAGUUAGACAGUUCUUUCCACUCGGUCCAGACUUCUCCAUCCAUGACAAAGCUCAGCCGGUGCGAGCAGCGCAGUCCAGUGAGCCGCAGGGCCAGCGUUACACAGCUGAGGAGAUCGAGGUGCUCAGGAAGACCUCCAAGAUAAAUGGGAUUGAAUUUGUUCCCUUUAUGAGUGUUGACCUGAGGGAGCGUUUUGCUUUUCCUGUUCCAUUCUCCGACAGAUGUGGGAAACUAGCUCUGUCGCCGAAACAGAAAGCCAUAUUUUCCCGCUGGGUUCGACCUGAUGACAUCUGCAAUAACCCCACAAUGAUCUUCACUGUGUCCAGCUUCAGCAUCAAGCAGACGGUUGUGUCAGACUGUUCUUUUGUUGCAUCAUUGGCCAUCAGCGCAGCAUACGAGAGACGCUACAGCAAAAAGUUAAUCACAAGCAUCAUCUACCCGCAGAACAGGAAGGGAGAGCCAGAGUAUAACCCCUGUGGGAAGUACAUGGUGAAGCUGCAUAUUAAUGGCGUCCCAAGAAAGGUGAUCAUUGAUGAUUUCCUCCCUGUGGACCGCAAUGGCGAGCUGCUUUGCUCCUACUCUAGUAAUCGCAAUGAACUCUGGGUAUCGCUCAUCGAGAAGGCCUAUAUGAAGGUCAUGGGUGGUUAUGAUUUCCCUGGCUCCAACUCUAAUAUUGAUUUACACGCUCUCACUGGUUGGAUCCCCGAGCGUAUUGCUAUGCACUCAGACAAUCAGUCCUUUAACAAAGAUGACACUUUCCGCAUGCUUUACCAGAGGUUUCAUAGAGGAGAUGUUCUCAUCACCACCGCCACAGGGGUCAUGACUGAAGAGGAGGGCGAGAGAUGGGGUUUAGUGCCCACACAUGCUUACGCCGUACUAGACAUCAGGCAAUACAAGGAAAAACGUUUCCUUCAGCUGAAGAACCCGUGGAGUCACCUCAGGUGGAAAGGCUGCUAUAGCGAACGCGAUGAAAAAAACUGGACGCCAGAUCUUCUCAAAUACCUCAAUUUUGACCCCAAAACCGCACAGAAGUUUGACAAUGGGGUGUUUUGGAUUAUCUGGGAAGACUUGUGCCAGUAUUAUGACGUCAUCUACUUGAGCUGGAAUCCAGCACUGUUCAAAGAGUCCUCAUGUAUUCACAGUAGCUGGGAUGGCAAACAGGGACCGGUGAAGGACGUCUACAGUUUGGCCAAUAACCCUCAGUACAAGCUGGAGGUGCAGUGUCCUCAAGGGGGCGCUGCUGUAUGGGUACUGCUGACCAGACACAUCACUGACAAGGAUGACUUUGCUCAAAACCGGGAGUUCAUUACUUUAGUGGUUUACAAGACCAAUGGAAAGAAAGUCUAUUAUCCAGCUGAACCUCCUCCCUACAUUGAUGGCAUCAGGAUCAACAGCCCUCACUAUUUGACCAAGAUCAAGCUGACCAGUCCAGGAACUCACACUUUUACACUCGUGGUCUCCCAGUAUGAGAAACAAAACACCAUCAACUACACAUUAAGGGUGUACUCAGUGUGCAAAUUUAAUUUCUCCAAAAUCCCAACACCCUUCACCAACACCAAAAGGAUAAAUGGCCAGUGGAAGGGUGCCAGUGCUGGAGGCUGUGGAAACUACAAAGACACUUACAAGAACAACCCCAUAUACCAGCUCAACAUGGAGAAACCAGGCCCUCUGCUCAUCGAACUCCGCGGCUCCAGGCAGUACAGCGUGGGCUUUGAGGUGGUGACCGUAUCGACUACAGGGGAUUCUGGAUCAUCAGGCUCUCAAAAGAGAGCGAGCGGAGAUUACCGAUGCGGUUUUUGCUACAUGGAGGUUGAGAGUUUACCUGCUGGGAUUUACAAUGUCAUCCCUACGACCUUCCUUCCCAAACAGGAAGGCCCAUUUUUCCUGGACUUCAGCAGUGUCGCCCCGCUGCGGGUUUCUCAGCUGCAAUAACAGCCAUCCACCAUCUGCCUGCUGGAUUGUUGUUCAGAAGAUGUUUCGCCAGCACUCAUUGCUCACAGACACGCUCAUUUACCAAAAGAAAUAAGCACCGCUCACAGAUGGUACUUGACAUAGUGCCAUAUUUCAGUGUUUCCCAACCCUGUUCCUAAAGGCACACCAACAGUACACAUUUUCAACCUAUUCCUAAUCAAACGUACCUGAAUCAACUCAUCAGAACAUUAGAACAGACUCCAAAACCUGAAAUGAAUGGGUCAGAUAAUACAGACAUCCAAAAAAAUUUACUGUUGAUGUGCCUCCAGGAACAAGGUUGGGAAACACUGCCAUAUUUGACAUGUUAGCAUGUAAUAGUAUGCCGCUGCAGUGCCAUUCUCAGAGGAGGUGUGUUCAAUCAGCCAGAAACACACUCCUCUUAGUUUUGCAGUCCGAAGUCGCAUUCAAAGACAAUGGUAUGUGUGUGUAGGUACUGGCUUUGGCGGUUUAUGAGGACAUAUUUGGAAAAUGUCACAUGACCUAGGUAUUACAAUGUAUGAGGUGGUUUAUGAGGACAUGUCCUUGAAAUUCAAAACUGUUCAAAAUCAUAAUUAACUGGGUUUUUUGGCAUUCAGAAUUUGCCACAGGUUUCCUUUAAAGCACAGGUGUAUACUCGGUUCCUGGAGGGCCGCAGCUCUGCACAACCCUAUUUAAACACACCUGAUCAAACUCAUUAAAUACUGCA